AUGGCCGACCGGGUCUGGUUCAUCCGUGACGGCUGUGGGAUGGUCUGUGCGGUGAUGACUUGGCUUCUCGUUAUCUAUGCGGAUUUUGUAGUGACAUUUGUCAUGCUGCUGCCUUCCAAAGACUUUUGGUACUCCCUCAUCAAUGGGGUCCUCUUCAACUGCUUGGCGGUGCUCGCCUUGUCCUCGCACCUGAGAACAAUGCUGACUGAUCCCGUGAGUAGACAUGUUCCUCACAGUUGGGUUUAACCAUUUUGUGUGCAUGGAACAGUGAUACACAGGGAAUCUUUUCUGGGCAGAACUUUUGGCACUUGCAUAGCACCACAAACGUGUUUGGGAAGAAACAGAACCUACAGUCAAAUUAAAAUGCCCCAAACAGGAAACACAACUAGCAUUAUACACAACAUGCUUGAACAGUCAACACUUCUUACUGUGUGUGAAGCCUUUCCUAGUAAUUUAUUCUAUUGGCAUUCACUUGUGGAUUGCCUACCACAGGGUUGGGAAAUCUUUUUAUGCUAAAGACUGUGCUCCUUUAGGGAUAAUCUCUUGAGGACCACAUACUGCUAAAGCCAAAAUCAGGCAGGGCCAUACCAAUUGUUGUACUCAGGUUUAGGAGCAAGAAUAUACUUUAAUUCAAAUCAUCAGUCCCUUGAUGGCUUGGCCAAAUAUGAGGUGUUUGAAUGAACAAAUAUUUAUUAUAUUAAAAGCAGUCAUUAACAGGUACGAUUUGCUUUCAACAAUAGCAUUAGAAAUUUCAUAGCAUGUGCUUAUAACUCUUUUCCUAAUACAAAUACAAAUCCUAUCCCGCCCACUCUGCCCCCUGCUCCUCAGCACCCACACCAAUCACCCUUCUCCAGAACGCAACUGUAUUUUUCUGUACACACACACACACACACACACAGUCAUACUCCACCCUCAGCCAAUCAGGACAUGACACACCACACCAUUCUGUCCCAUUCUCACUCGCACCCCCUUGCACUCAUCUUACCUUACAACUUACAAAUAUCUCCCUAAAUAACAUUUUACUAUAUAUCUCUUUAAUAUCAAACCUGUACAAGUCAGUUACAGUGACAAACACCACAGCCAACUCAUCUUAACAUUACACAAUUUCCCCUCUUUUUUUUUAAUCUUACACACACACACACACACACACACACACCCCCUCUUCCUCUUUGCACUUCUUUCCACGCUGAAAAUCAGCCCUACACAAUAACUAGAAAGAAAAGCUUCCAUUGACACCAGUGGAAGCUUUUGGUUCUAAACUCAGUUGCUACACAGGAGGGCUUUUUGGGGGGUGGGGUCAUGUCAGGGAGGGUUUAACCUUAACUCUUCGGCUGCCACCUCUUUAGAAUUUCCAAGCCCAGUAAUUGGGAUUAGAGAAAAAGCUCCCAUUAGCACCAAUGGAAGCUUUCCCAACUAAAUCUAAUUUAUUUAUCAGAGGGUGAGAUCUUGGACAGGAGACUAUAGGCUGGUUCCAAAGAAACCAGCAGUUCCCCAUUCUAGGCUCAGUGUUGAGAAUGGUAGGAGUAUCCAUAACUCAGAAGUUAAAAACACACUGCGCAUGCAGAAGGUCCCAGACUUAUUUCCCAUACCUCCAGUUAAAUGAAACAUGGGUAGCAGGACUGGGGGAAACCUUGAAGAGUCACCACCAGUCAGAGUGGCCAGUAUGGUAUUUUUGUACAUCACUUAAGAGAUUUCAUAGUACGUCAUUUAGAAAGGCUUUUAAAUACAGAGCCAGGUACAUUGAGUUAAACCACAGUCAGUGAACUGCAGGUUCACUGACCGAAGGGCAGUUAGGAGGCUCACCUUUAAUGACACGAGGGGAAAUUGAAGGGCAAGAAUAGGUCAGCUGCCCCCAUUAGCCUCCUCUUUGACACAUAUCAUGCUCAACCUUGCCUCUAGACUGCUGCAUCUGCUUUGUUAUCAUGUAAGAAUUCCCCAUCCUUAUAGCCUCACCCUCUGCAGUUCUCCCUAGCUACCACACUGAAACUUGGGGCAGUACUCCCUCCAGGCCCUAGUGCCUGCUUGUUUCUUUUAAUUGUCCAUUACUGUUAAGACCUUUGCUUCAGUAACUGCUGUCAGUUUUGUGUUGCUGCCUUUCUCUCUCUUUCAUGGAAAGCGGCCUUUAGAAUUGAGAGAGGUGAUUUGCACAUGCACGCGCACCCCACAGAACUUUGUGCUGGAAAAUAAGAAAACAGUCCAGUUGCCCAUAGAAUACAUAUGCACUCCUCUGGCUUGGAUCACAGUGAACAUUCAGUUGCCAAAGCUUAAACCAUCAUGAAUAGUCAAGUGGGAAAUUGUAGCCAGAAAUCAAAGAAAUUGCUCCAGUGUCUGCCGCAUUAUGGUCUUGCUACUACAAAACCCUUAAUACAUCUUCCUUCCUACAGACCUUCCUCAUAGACAUAGUGUGUUUUUCCUUGGUGUAUUCCCAAGAUUAAAUCUUACAUGUCUAUAAUAUCACUUGCUAAAGAAAUGGAGGAAUAGGAUCCUUUUUUAUCUACCUAAACUAGGAUUGUAAAUUAAAAUACAAGCAAUUUUUGUCUGAACAUGAUACUGCGCAGUUUGGUAGCUUAUUGAGAAGGCCCAGUGUCUGAGGAAAUACGGCAGUUUCCCUCUAACUUUCUAAAAUGUUAUUUCUAUGUAUAUAGGCUCCGUAUUGAGGGCAGUUAGUCCUUACCACCAAAGAUCUCCCAGAUCCUUGUCCCAUCUUGUUACUCUGCCCUCCUCUCCUGCUACACCUCUGCUUGCAACCUUCUUGUUCUGCCACCCUCAUCUGACCCAAUGUUUCCAGGUCCUCUAAAUUACUCUGCCUUUUCUUCCUUUUUGCUGAGAACUCCCUCAAAAACAUGGCGGUGCUCUGUUUCUUUCUAUCCAAAUCCCUGCUUGGAGCAUACCUUUUGCAUGAAACUUGUGGACCUCAGCCCCUAUAGAAGUAACAUUAAAGUUGUGUGUAGCUGCAUUCAUACCCAUUCCUAUUCUCAGCUGUGCCUUCAGGUUGCCUUUUAGAUCACUCUCGAAAACGCCACUGGCACUCUUCAGAUACAUACCAGUAACUGGGCCUUGUCUUCCUUUCCAUCUGUAAUGCCUUAGGGGGCUGUUCCGAAAGGAAAUGCCACGAAAGAGUACAUGGAGAGUUUGCAGUUGAAACCAGGCGAAGUAAUCUACAAGUGUCCAAAGUGCUGCAGCAUUAAACCGGAACGUGCCCACCAUUGCAGGUAUGUCCCACUGCUGCUUCUGUACUGUUCUCAGCCUGGAAUCCAAGGCCCAAACUAUAAGUGAUGUUAAAAACGUCUUUGCAUAUUGCAGUUAUGCAGGUGGAAGGAAGUUGACCCCUUUCCUCCUUUCCACAGCCCCAAUGAAAAUCAUCCUCCACCACCACUUUCCCUCCUGGGAAAAAGAGUAAGGCAAUUUUCCCUGUGACUUCAGCACUUGGGGAAAUGAGUUAGCCUCACGGUCUCUGCAGAAUACUUCCAAUAAGGAUUGAAGCUGUGGUUUGUUUGUUUUUUAAAAAAAAAUAUCACAUAAACAAUGGCAGUCUCAGUGUAAUGUAUAGUUUGACUCUUGCGUGGUUUCUCAGACCUCAGAGAUGCCUUUUUCAGCACAUUUCCCUAAAAGUAUUCUUUGCUUUCAUGUGUGUUCUAUUUGCAGCUUUAUCGGAACAGAGCAUUGCUGUGUGACUUUUAAGUUGCCUGCAAUUCACUAUAGCUUGUGCAAAAGUGACAGACAAGGUCAAUUCUUUCAAGAUUCCUUUCAGAUUCCCUUUUGUCUGAACAAGCUAAGCAGGAACAUGGAGGGUUGUUGUUCUCCACAAGUUGCCUGCAGCUGCUUCCCCACUUUGUCCAACCAUCUCUUUGUGCCUCGCUCUUCUAAGCAUUAAGUUGAAUGCUUAAAAGCUUGCUGUGGCUUUGUGAUAGCAAAGCACUUGAAUCUGGCCAUUCCUGGAAGAUCUGGCAGAGCUCAUCUGCACUAAAAAUUGCUAGCUUUAGAUGUAUUUCCUGAAAAAUGUGGUGCUUGAGAGCCUUCAUUUCAAGGUAAGGGAAGGUGCCAGCACUCCAUGUAGAAUGAAAUGUGGAACUGUGCAAUGUUAUGUAUUGAAGAUUAUUAUAAUUAGUAGCAUUAGUAUUGUUGGUUAGACAAGGAACAAAAUGUACAUACUCACCUUCAAACCUGAGUGCUGCUCAGAGAGCCACCCAUCCAGUUGUACCCCCCUCCAUUAUCCCACCCCAAUUUUCCUUUUUUCUUUUCCAGCUAAUACUCAAUAUUCCAAGACUUCUAAGUAUAUUCAGUUUUCAUUGAAUUGUUUUUAUUGGGGAGGGAACAAGGUGUGCCUCCUGAGGUGUGUUUGUGUGUAUUUUAAUCACGUUUAUUCACUUUGACAUGCAGAAAACAAACAAUAUUAAGUCGCACAAUGUUUGAAUGUCCUACGGCAUCUGUUAAUGUAGAGCGACUGCAUUGAACGAACUGCAGUUUGAAAUCAUCCUCCAUUUGGCCUCCUGUACCACGCAUGCCAGCGUCUUAGAUUUCCAGAGAGAUGGCCUCUUUGCAGUCACCAAGGGCAAAAUAUCCGUAACACAUACCACAGCAUAACUUUCAGUGUUUUUUCCCCCUCCUUCCACUAGCAUUUGCAAGCGAUGCAUUCGGAAGAUGGAUCAUCACUGCCCCUGGGUCAAUAACUGUGUGGGGGAAAGAAACCAGAGGUUUUUUGUGCUGUUUACUGUGAGUAUGGUUAUUUAUUUAUUUAGUUGUUUACCAUUUGUUUGUUUGUUUGUUUGUUGCCAAUAUAAAACUGUCCCUGCCCUGGCUAUCCUAAUUUGGGGGUUGAAUCUUCAAGUUGGAACCUCUACACUCAGUGGCACAGCGUGCUUCUGAAUAUCAGUUGGUGGGGCAGAUGCCAAAACCGCAGGAGAGAGCUUUUGACUUCAUGGCUUUCUUGUGAGUUUCCUGGAUCCCUCUGACUAGUUGUUGUUGGAAAACAUUGAUGGCCUAGAUCACAGAUAGUCAAUAUGUAGAUCCCCAGCCUUCAGCGCCCAGCCUUCAUGGCCGUUGGUUUGAGAUGGGGGGGCAACUCCCAUCUCUUGCGGGGGCGCAAUUAGUGCUAGCACCGUCCGUUAAGAGUUUGGGUGUAAUCUUCGACACCUCCCUUUCCAUGGAGGCACAGAUUGCAGCUAUAACAAAGGCUGCAUUUUUUCAUCUCGGCCAAGCUAAGCAGUUGGCUCCUUAUCUCUCUCGCCCUGACCUAGCCACUGUGAUCCACGCAACGGUCACCUCCAGACUGGAUUAUUGUAACUCGCUCUACGUGGGGCUGCCCUUGAGACUGACCCAGAAACUCCAGUGGGUGCAGAAUGCCGCGGCGAGGCUCCUUACGGUGUCCUCGCCACGGGAUCACAUUCACCCGGUGCUAUACCAGCUGCACUGGCUCCCAGUGGAGUACAGGAUCAGGUUUAAGGUGCUGGUUUUAACCUUUAAAGCCCUAUACGGCCUAGGAACCUUGUACCUACAGGACCGCUCUCCUGGUAUGUCCCACGGAGGACCUUAUGGCCUUCAAACAAAAACAUCUUGGAGGUCCUGGGCCACAGGGAGGUUAGGCUGGCCUCAACCAGAGCCAGGGCUUUUUCGGCUGUGGCCCCGAUCUGGUGGAAUGCUCUGUCAGAAGAGACUAGGGCCCUGUGGGACUUGAAAUCUUUCCGCAGGGCCUGCGAGACAGAGCUGUUCCACCAGGCCUUUGGCCAAGGUACAGUCUGACCCCUUCUGUAAUCCUCAAAGAACUCUAGCCCAAUGGUUGUCAUUAAUUUGAUUUUGAAUUGAUUUUAAGAUGAAUUGAUUUUAGAAUGCUGUGUUACAUUUAUUGUUAGCCGCUCUGAGCCCGGCUUCAGCUGGGGAGGGCGGGAUAUAAAUAAAUGUUAUUGUUGUUAUUAUUAUCAUCAUCAUCAUCAUGGGGGUUGCAGUCCAACAACAUCUGGGUGGAGGCAUGGUGGGAAAGGUUUGCUAUCCCUGCGCUAGAUGGAACCUUGAGCUAAUGCAGCAAAUUCCCUGCCCACCUGCCCCGCCUCAAAAAAAGAGAAUUUUGAAAGUACUGCACAGUGUAGCAUGGUCCUCUUAAAAGAUGUAAAAGAAUUUAAAUAUUGACUGCUUGCCUAAUGGUUGCAUGGUUUUCAGAGCGGAUUUCCAAAUCUUUUUCUCACUUCCAGAUGUACAUAGCUCUAAUUUCAGCUCAUGCUCUCAUCCUGUGUGGGUUUCAGUUCUUCUCCUGCGUCAGAGGACAGUGGAUUGGUAAGCACAUACUUCAGUUGCUUUUGUAAUAUGGCGUUUUACUUAUUUAUUUUUGGUAUAUCUAAGUCACUUUUCUACCAGAGUAUCCAAGUGCCAUAAAAGAAACUACCAUGUAAAAAUCAAACAAUUGAAAAGUUAACAGCAUUAUCUUAAAAAAAAUAAUCAGUAACAGAUAUAUUUUUUUAAGCAGAUAAACCUCAAGAACCACUAAAACAGUAAAAACAGCAGAACAGUCAUUCAAACACCUUGGUUAAUAAAGAAAAGCUUUCACUCACCACAUAAGUAUUAUUUUAAAAAAUGCCUCCCAGAUUUGUUUGGGGAUUGUACAGUGGUACCUCGGAAGUCAAAUGGAAUCCGUUCCGGAAGUCUGUUCGACUUCCAAAACAUUCGGAAACCAAGGCACGGCUUCCAGUUGGAUGCAGGAAGCUCCUGCAGCCAUUCAGAAACCACAUCGGACAGUCAGGUUCUAAAGAACGUUCGCAAACCGGAACAUUCAUUUCCGGGUAUGCGGCGUUCAGGAGCCAGAACGUUCAAGUCGCAAGGCAUUUGUCAACCAAGGCACGACUGUAUAGACGCCACCACUGAAAAGUUCUUCCCUGGCAACCAUCCUCCUUACCUCUGAAGAUGGGGGUACCUUGAGAAGGACCUCUGAAGGGGUCAGACAGAUCCAUAGGGGAGAAGACAGUCCUCUGGCAGCUCAGGGUGCAUAGGGCUUUCAAGAUUAAAAUCAGCACUUUGAAAUUUUGACCUAAAAAACUGGUCACCCAUGUAAAUGGGUGAUUGAGAAGACCUGCAGUAUUUGCUAAGGUGGUUUUUGCCAUUUCCAUCACAAAGAUGAACAGGCAUCAUCCUUCCUUAUUAAGGAAGUCCUUGGAGCUUGACAAUGGUGGGACACAUUCCAAUAGACCGUGCCUUUUAACUUUGCUUUUAAAAUAAUUGCCUUUUUAAAUUGUGCAUGUGGGCACAGGUCAUGCACUCCUACCUAGCAUGGUGAAUAAGUGAUGAGGGAGGCCUGCGUAUAUAGUGUUAUAUGCUUUGUCAUAUUAAAUACAACUGGGUAUUUAGAUCUAUACAAAUUCUGGUGGCACCUGAGCCUGAAGCACAUGGUGUCCCACUACCAUUUGUGUACAGUGGCAGCUCCAUACAGGAAUAAACUCCCAUUCUACCUGUCACUGGCCCCUUGCAGGCUAACAGUCUGGCUACUGAUAUGUAUGCAUGUGAUCCCUCAGCCUGUGUUAUAGAUUGCUCCUAACUUCCUGUUACAUUCUCAGAUUUGCUAAUCCUUUUGAAGUUAACUCUUGUUGGUGUGCUUGUUGCAGUUUGUUUUUUCAUUGAAGUUCAUCUGCUCUCUUUCAGAAUGCAGUGACUUUUCACCACCUGUGACUGUGAUCCUGUUGAUCUUCUUGUGCCUUGAGGGUUUUCUGUUUCUGACAUUUACCGCAGUAAUGUUCGGCACCCAGAUCCACUCUAUAUGCAACGAUGAAACGGUCAGAAUUGAGGGUUUUUCUUGGGGUCUGGUUUCAGGACUGGAUAGGGAUUUGAACCUGCUUCGCCUAUGCCCUUGUUCUGCCCCUUUCCAUAUCCUCUGUUGAGGCAGAUGUUCAGUCUUGGCUAGAGUUUGACGUGCUUUCCAAAUUUCUUAACAUCAAUUUUUAUCAUAUUUACUUGCAGGAGAUUGAAAGACUGAAGAGUGAGAAGCCUACAUGGGAACGGAGGUUGCGCUGGGAAGGAAUGAAAUCUGUCUUUGGGGGCCAGCCUUCUCUGCUAUGGAUAAAUCCGUUUGCUGGAUUUCGAAUCAGACGGCUUAUGCUAAGAGCCAAGAAAGGAGGUCCUGAGUUUUCUGUUUGA